UCCAAUCCAAUCCGCUCUCAAAAAAAUAAUUUUUUUAAUGUGUGUUGAAUUCUGUGUUUUUUGUACAAAAUGACCUCGCUACUCAUUCUGCCGGCAAUUCUCGCUGUUCUGUCCAGAUCAAUUCAUGCGAACGAUUUGGAAGACAAGCAACUGACGUUCAGCAUACACCAUUCACUUGAUGAUGGUCCAGACCCUGUGUACCUGCCUCGGGGCACCGUGACGAUUCCCUUGGCACGGACGGAAGACAGCGUCCUGCAUCAAGUGCCUCUUUCGACGGCCGACGUGGCGAAGCUGAGGAGACUGGCAGAGAACAACGGACUGUACAGAAUCCAGGUGGUUGACCAUCAGUCUGAGGACCCUCGAGCGACUGUGUCAUCAUUCAUGAAAGCCUGUUCGGUGUACGAAUCUGGGCUCACGGACUCGCUGACCCUCACGCUGGACCGCAACGGAGCUCUGCUAGGCACCACGGUUUUCAGCGGCCAGCAGUGCGAGGGCUCCCAUGUGCCGGACUACAGGCUGGCCUCCUUUAACACGACCCUCACAGUGUCCCUGGUCAACCUCGCCCCUGCACCGGACACACAGACAUACAUUAGACGGCUGGAACAAGAGAAGGCAGACAAGGCAAGGGGGGACAGUGGAGACAACCGAUCCUUCUUCGCCAAAUACUGGAUGUACAUCAUGCCGCUGCUCAUCUUUCUGCUGAUCUCCGGCGUCUCGAAUCCGGAGGGCCAGGGCAGCGGAGUUCCGGACGAUGAAGCGACUUGCGGCUGCGCAGCUCCAUCUUGUAACAUAUGCACAUAGAGAGCUUUCUAUUUGGACCUUGAAGAAGGUUUCCGGAGCAGAUGAACCGCUGGACGUGUGGUGUUGUGAGUGUCACGGUAGAGAACAAUAAAGACCUAUAAGAAA